GCCCAGCCCACCCCACAUCCCAAGACUAGCCGAAAGGGCAUCUCGUGUAAUUCCCAUGAAAUUAAAGGUCAAGGUAAUUUUAGCUUUCACUAAAUAGUCACCGGGAUACGAAGGCUGAACUAAUAGUUUGUCAAUCAUGGCGCUUCUGGUUCCUGGCGGUGGUGGGUGCGUACGACUACGAGUAGGCCACUCGUCCCGGCCGGCGCACGUUAGACCGAGCUUCGUUACCUUUGCUACGGUGUCCCCAAAGACCCCAACCAAAGGCGACAGAGUGGACUGGGUGGAAGCAACUUCAGGCUUCUUUGAAAAUGACACGAGGCCCAUCAUGUUGUUCGACGGUGUUUGUAACUUGUGUAAUGGAGGUGUAAAGUUCGUGCGGGAUAAUGAUCGAAAUAGGAGCAUAAGGUUUGAAGCUCUCCAGAGUGAAGCAGGGAAGAAACUGCUCAGAAGGUCUGGAAGAGCUCCCGAUGAUAUUUCAAGUGUUGUUCUUGUUGAAAAGGAUAGAUCAUUCAUCAAGUCAGAAGCUGUUGUGAAGAUAAUGGAAUAUAUAGACUUGCCCUUCCCCCAGCUAGCGUUUUUCGCCCAGUUUGUACCUCUUUUUGUAAGGGAUUUUCUAUACGACAAUGUAGCAAACAACCGUUACACAAUCUUUGGCCGCUCAGACACGUGUGAGAUAUAGGCAUUUGAAUACUUUAAGUUUUCCUACUGAAGGUAUGUAUUGUAAAGUACGGAUAUGAUGAAUUUUGAUUUUGUAAUGUAAGUUUCACUUCCAUUUUAAUGGAAUGAAAAUUUAUCUAA